GAAGCAUAGAUUUACCUUUUGCACAGCAUGCUUAUUCAAACCUAAAAAAUUCUUUUAUAACUGCGAGAACUUCGAGAACAUUAUCUUUGAUACAAAGUAACAAGAAUGCAAGAAAUAUAACGUAUAUAGUUGAUUAUAGAAUAACAUACCUGAGUGACAACAAUCAUGUAUGAAUACGCUUUCGUUACGCUAUUUCGACGAACAAACAAUAGCUGACAGCAUGAAAUAUGUAUAUUUCACACGAGUCUCGAUCUAUUCUAGGUGUGCAGAGUAUUGUAGAAGCGAAUCGUCGAAACCGAAAUCGAGGCGACAGCAGAGCGGUAACGAUCGCGGAAAAUACAGGAUCAUACAGGAUAAUUUGAACACAACUCCGCCAUCUUUACGUUACAUUUCCCGCGAGGCGCGAGUGGCGCUACUUGUCGAGAACGACGCGAAUCGCAAUUUGAAAUCAACGAAGAAGGAAGCGACAUUCGAUUAUCGAAGUAUCGAAAAUGUUCGAGACUGCAAACGAAGUAGGUAGUAUUUACGCCCAGUUGCGCCAACCUAAAGGAGCAUUAAGCCUGUUCUACAAUGUACUUUUCAUUUCCUGUUUUUUGCCUUUUGUUAUUCUUUACAUCUUGUCUUUUUCUUAUCUGGUUUUUUGUUUUAUAUCACUCGAGAUAACAGUUAACGAACUUCGAAAGAAACAAGAAAUACAUAGCAAAAAAUACAAUUGAUAAAACGAUUGCAAAGGAGAAAAAAGCAAAAGUAAAAAGAAACAAAGAACACUUUGUAGAAUAGACUUUAAAGCCGUAAACCGUGUGAAAUUAACCAAUCAUAACUGAUUAUUUUUCAAUUGUGAUUUCAUAUUUAAUUGUGAUUAGGCAAUUCGGCAUACGAUUACCAUAUCAAUAUAAAUGCUUCUUUACUUUAACUUUAAACGAAGCUUAAAACCAUCUCUUUUUCGGCUUUAAAGAGAAAAAGUGAGAGUUUUAAUUCUCGCUUAAAGUCAAAAUAACAUUGCGCAAUCGGGCUUUAAAUAUUUAUUGUCAUAAAUAAAUUGGGAUAUUUUAAUUUAUGCACAAAUAUGUACGAGUGCGUACAUGUAUGAACAACAAAUCAUAUUCAUUAAAAAAAUGACCGAAUUCCGUUUUGAGUCAUAAUGAUUAAAAAAGUUUGAGAUAUUUCAGUAAAUGGGAAAUAGUCGAGAUUAUCGCAAAAAGAAUUGGCGUAAUUAAUUAAUUAACAAUAUAUAAAGAUAAAGACACAUAUAUACCUGGCGAUAUUUCAGCUUCAAUUGAGAAAGUCAAGCAUCUCGCUUUACUUUAGUUCUCUCUUCAAUUUUUCCGUUGAUCUUCGUACGCACAGAAGCGGAUCGCUGGUACAUAUCGAAAUCACAACAAUAAUAUAAUAAACAGAAUGACAUUAUGACAUCGUUCGACGCUCUGUAGAAAAUAUUUACGAUAACUUUUCGCAUAUAUAACGAUAA